UUACGGGGUGGAGGGCACCAAAUGCCCAUGUCGCCUCCGCCGUACCCAGUGCAGGAAGCCUCGGCAAACGGCACGUCACAGGGCUACUCCAUGCCCAUGCACCCGUCCAACAUGGCGAUGGGUAACGAGGGAUACAUGCAAGAGACUCAGUUCAACAGCGGUGUGCCCCAGGGGUACGUCAUGUCCGCCAAUCACCCCGCUGGGCCGAUGGGGAUGGCGGGAUAUGGGCACCAAGGGUACACCGUGCAGUACCAGCCUUGCGCUGGUGCCUACGUGCCAGUCUACCCGAUGGCAAAUAACAUGGGGCCAUGUCUGCCCGGCAACAACGGGAUGACGCAAGGGGGGCAGCAGUUGCCCCCUUCUGGCGGGAUGAUGAACCCGCCGAGACCCCCUCACGACUAUCUUCCCAUCGCAGUGUUGACCACAGUGUGCUGCUUCUGGCCCACUGGGAUCUUUGCCAUAAUCAAGGCCGUCCAGGUGCGGACGGCCAUCGCCCGCGGGGACAUGGUGGCGGCGGAGGUCGCUUCACGCGAAGCCCGUAACUUCUCCUUCAUCAGCCUGGCCGUGGGCAUCGCUUCCAUUGUCCUCUGCGCUAUUUUGACGGUGGUAGUGGUCAUCGCGGCCCAGCAUCACGACGACGAGUGGGACCCUUAGCCCGGCCCCCCGACAUAUCCCCCCACCCCCUCCCGCCCCCCCCCAACACACCUUCUCCGCGUCUCUUCAUGGCGUGGCUAAGCAGGAAGUCCCCGUCAAAGCAUCAACGCCACCCCCCCCCCCCCUCUCCAUCCCUCCUCCCGCUCUCCCCUCCCACAGUCUCCAGGUCCCACUCCCCCCCCCCUCCUUACAACCCCCUCCCCACCCCCCCAGUCUGUAUCUAACCAACCAUCCGCGCAGCAAACAGCUAAUCGGUCUUGCUAAAGUUAUAGCCUUCUAGUUAGCUCAGCUGGACACGUUGACAAGGGUAGAGAAGGUCCUCAUUCCAGCUGAGUAAAUGUGUACAGUGAGAAAAUACAGGCAGAUGCCAUUCCUCCCAGAACCAUUUUCUCAAAAGGGGCGGUGAAAGAGAGUGGCAGGGUGGUGAGCGACUGGUGUGACGAGGGUUCUGGGUGGAACGGGGGUGAUGAGGGCACCUUUAGGCAGGUGACGUUUCUGAUUUCCGUCCUAGGCAGACAAAAAUGCUGGAGAAACUCAGCGGGUGAGGCAGCAUCUAUGGAGAGAAGGAAUGGGUGACA